AUGGCCAGUUUGCGACAGCUGAUUGCUUUACUGCUUUGUAGUGUUUGUUAUUCUGCAAUCUGUAAGGAACAUUUCUGUAAUAUGCCACAAAUUUUACACUGUGAAUUUGAAGUAUUUGGAAUAGUGCAAGGAGUUUCAUUUCGUAUGUUUACAGAAAAACAGGCGAAAUCAUUGGGUGUACGUGGAUGGUGCAUGAAUACACGCAACGAUACUGUUAAGGGAGAGAUUGAAGCUCCACCUGAAGAAUUUGCUCAAAUGAAAAUAUGGCUCGAAAAAACUGGAAGUCCAACUAGUCGUAUAGACAAAGUUAUUUUUGGCGAUAUAAAAGAAAUUGAUAGCUUUACAUUUGAAAGUUUUAGUAUAAAAUAUUAAAUACAUAAUGUUAAUUAUUGUCUUAUUAUUAAUAUAGUAAUAUUUAUUUAAAAUCAAUAAAUGUAUGUACUCUAACUCUAACCGAACACUUAGAGUUUAGUGUUCGGUUUUAACCGAAACAAUUGUUUUCGAAAUUAAUUAUGAAUAAAUUGAUAUGUAUGCCAAUUGCAAAUCUCUUAUCAAAUAUAUGCAAGAUAUUUUUAUAUAUUAUCAACCGAUUUUGUUUCGGAUUAUAUCCCAAAUUGAGAUUUAAAUUUAGGAUAUAUGUAUAUCAGUUUAUGCACAUUUAAUUUCGAAACAAAUUGUUUCGUUUAAAACCGCACACGAAACUCUAGAUAGAAUUAUGAAAUUAAACACAGGCACUAA